AUGUCAGAUGAGGAAAAAGUAAAACAACUAGUUGAAUUUUUAGCAGCGUUGGUGGAUGAUAGAUUUAAAGAAAAAUUUACAGAAUUAUCAAAGGCACCAAAAGAUAGUUUGGUUGGGUAUAUCCAAACAUUAGAGGAUUGGGCAUUAACAUUAGGUGUUAGCGAACAAAAACAACUUCAAGUUGGGAAACUAUUGGGUAUUUUAAAUGACCCAGAUGAAUUAUAUGAGGAUAGUGAAAUGGUAUUAGAAAACAAUCAUAAUAUGAACAUUCCUAAUAAUAUAAAUAUAAAUAAUAAUGUUAAUAAUAUAAACAGUAAUUUUAAUAACAAUAAAUGA